CCUUCGCCCACACAAAAACUACGCCGACCUAGGGAACAAAAUCCGACUCGCGUUUUCACUGGUGGUAAGAAGACUUUUCGGUUGGCAUGACUUCCACCCAGCCUAGAAAUUCUUCAGAAUGGCAGCUAUACCGAGUUCUUCAAAGAGCCAACCUUCUCCCUUACUAUGACACAUUUAUAGGUCAAGGAGGAGAUGAUGUCCAACAGCUUUGUGAGGCUGGAGAGGAUGAGUUUCUAGAGAUCAUGGCUUUAGUUGGCAUGGCUAGUAAACCUCUCCAUGUUCGCCGUUUACAGAAAGCUUUACAGGAAUGGGUUUCUAACCCAGCUGCAUUCCAGAACCCAAUGGCUGUAUCGGUGGGUCCAUUAUUAGGCACUUCUAAUGCCGUCAGUGUGACAAUGGGAGGGGUCAUGACCCCUGUCAGGGAUCCACAACCGCAGCAGUCCAUUAUCUACACAUCCCAGCAUUCCUCGCCUGUCAGUGCCGCGGUUUGGACACCCCAGCUCCAGCCUGCCCAGCAACAGCAACAGCCAGCUCCUCCCUCACAGCCUGUACAACAACCCCCACCACUGACCCCAAGCCCCCAGCACCAGGUCACCGUGGUCACACCUGUCAAACCACAGCCUCCACCCCAGUCAUCACCAGCCCCACCCCCAAUCAGCAUCAGUCCUGGCCCAAACCCCACCCCCACCAGCUCAUCAGGGGGUUCGGUUCAGGGCGACUUUAAGUCAGAGAGUUUUUCUGUGCCCAUGACAUCGGAGGGGACACCAGAAUUAUCCAGUUCCACAUCACCUGUGCCAACCCCAGUCCUUGUGGAAAGUCAGAUCAAUUCCAUAGCAGAAGCUGCAGCCAAACUAGCCCAGGAAUUACCCAUGUUUGAAACCAAAAGACUCAAUAUGAAAAAGCUUAUCAACAGGGAAAUCAUGGCAGUGAUGCAGAUGUCCGAAGAUGACCCAAAUAGAAUGGAGGAGUUGAGGAAAUAUGCUGCUAUCUAUGGUCGAUUUGAUUCAAAAAGAAAAGGAGAAAAACCAAUGUCCCUACAUGAGAUCUCCGUGAAUGAAGCAUCGGCCCAGCUUUGUCGACAUCGUGUAUCGUUACUUACACGACGAGAAGAUUUGUUUCCAUUGGCUAGACAGAUAGUGAAAAACAGUGGGUACCAGUACUCCAAGGGCCACUCCAGAGCAUCCGAUGUAGUUGUUCCUAUGACGUCAGCCAAACGAACACGAUUUGAUCCUUUAUAUGUCAAGUUAGAAAAGGAGCGCAUAACAAACUUGAGUCAGGAGUUGUUACUAAUCACCCAGCGCCAGGACGACCUGAAGGCCCAGCUUCAGACUGCCAAGGAGUCUGGAGGUGUUGACUCUGAGGUCUACAGAUCCCUACAAUCUGAACUUGAACAAACCACAGUCCGCCAACUACAGCUUCUUUCUGAACAAAAUGAGAUUGUACAGAAACACAAACGUCUCUCGGAGGAAGAUUUACAAAGUGGAAGUUCCUCGCCAAGGGAAGAUAAUUCUGGAGACAUGGAUGAGUUUAAUUUGAUGGUGCGGUCCCAAUUGUACACAACACAGAUACCAGGAGGCUUGAUGCAGGACACUUUAUUUGAUGAAGGCUUACGUAUCGCACAGCAGUAUGGCAUGGCCGACUUUGCACAGGAACUGAAACAGAUGCAUCCAGUGGAGGAUUCGAGUGAAAGUGGGGAGGGGGAUGGGAAUACCAAUGGUGUCAAACCUACAGAGAAUGGAAAGUCCCCGAAAAACAAUGGUGACAGUGUUUCAACUGUAGAUAAGCCAAAACUGUUACCAAUCAAACUGGCCACAACCAAUGGCACAGAUUUUACAGUGAAAACUGAGCCAGUCGAUUCCGUGGAAGUGAACGGCAGUUGAUACAUGAUAUUAUAAAGUGUUACAAUUUUAUAACUAUUUACAUGACCCAAAUUAUUUCAACAUUCCUAUAUUUUAGUUUAAAAUGGAUUGAGAAGAGGUGUGACUGGAACUUUCCACAGGCUAGUAGUUGUUAGUGUAUGUUAUAAAUACUUUAAUAUAUGAUGUAUGACAGAAUGACUUCAGAUUUUUAUGAUUUAAAUGUGCAUGUGAAAAAGGUUUUGUUAUGUGAUAAAUUUUGUAAAAAGUAGGAAAAGGAGCUCAAAGCUACUUGGUUUGGUGACAACAAGUGUAAAUCGUGUGACAGUAGGGCCAUGAAAUAGUACCACAUUCGUCUUUCACCUAAGCAACCAGGGUUGAAUUCCUAGAUCGAUUGGGACAAAUUUUGGGAGUCAUCUGUCUACUAUGUGGAUUCUCCCGUUGUAAGAACCCUGACAUUGGCCAACAAAAGUGAUAUAUAUAAGCAGAUGGCUUGUUUGGCAUGUGUUGUAAAUGAAUGUCGUGAAAGAAUAGUAACUCUUAGAGUUUAUGUGGGAAUACUGCCCUUUUUGAUUACAUUUGUUGAAUACCAGUAUGUGUACAGAGACUGCCUUUUCGUUUUUUGUGUUUGAAUGGAGAAAAUGCCUGUAGUUAUCAAUGUAAAUCCAUAUAGACUGUGGGUUGUGUGGCUUCUAUUAGAAUGACCAAGUGCUUGUACUGUAGAUGUAAGAAUAUAUGUGGAGCUUUCCCUUUUAUGUUGUAUCACUUCCAACAUUACCAUAUAUAGGAUUAUAGAAAUGUCCUACUGUCGUCCUUGUUGGCCUCCUAGUACAUUUCUGCUUUGGCAGACAAAUUGUACUGCUUCAGCAGAUUUUACUGAACUUGAUGCACCUACACACUACACAAUAGACAACAGUUUUUAAAAAAAGGUAUUUAUCGUACUCACCAUUUUGUGCAAAGAAAUACAAAAUGUGAUGAAAUCAGAGGACAUCUGUAAUGUGUAUCCUUAUAGUAUGAAGGACCAGGGGCCUGUUUACUAUGUAGACAAACUUAUUUGCGGUAACUUUGAAAAACUAUCUGGGCAUAAAUCGAGACAGAUCUACAAAUAUUAAUACAGGCCUUAAAAGGCUUAGUUGAAGCUUGUCAGAAAGUAAAAUAAGACCUGUAAUCGAUUACAGAUUAAUAUUUGAAGUAUAAUAGCAAUGUAUUUUGGAAGAAAUUGUGCCCAUGCCUGCAGUAGGUCUGCCCUUACUUCAUAGACAAACAACCUGGUCCAUCAAGUCAAACCAAUGAACAAAUAUGGCCCAUGUGAAAGUGCAUCAAGACAGAUGAAUUAGUUACAUCAUUGUUGGUUUUACAAUUGUUGUUAGUUAUACUGUUCUUGCAUUUACCUAUUCAGUUAAAGCUCCGUGGGUUAAACAUACGAGUUCUGUAUCACGCUUUUUGGAUGGCAUUGAAAUAAUAUCUGAACAGUGCUAGAUAUAUUGUUGGGAUUACACUUCAUUUUUUAAGUCAAUAUUUAAUUUAAUUCUGUUAAUUCAACAGAAACAUUGGAGGCAUCAUUACUAGAACAAAUAUUUCAAAACACAACUGGAGAAUUCAGACCAAGAAGUGAGUUUUCAGUGGUAGCUUGAUGGAGUUUUCAUACAUUUCCAUUCAUGUGUCUGUAAUUAUGGUAGAAUCUGUUAUGGAAACUGUAUAUUUGGUUAUCUGUAUGUCCGUGUAUGAUGGUAUGUUUACAGCUGUUUGUAUCAUUAUAUGAAAGUGAUUCAAAACAUGAACCAGUGUCUGCAUGUUAGGUUGGAUUAAAAGGACAUAAAUGGGAAUACUUUCAGAAAAGUCAUUAUACUAGAAAACUGCAUAAAGAUGCUUGUAGCACCAAUUAUAUUGCGGGAAAGAUUUAUAUAUUCCAGGAGCCAAAUGUUAGUAUAUUCCAGGAACCAGAUGUUUGUAUGUUCUUUGAGCCAGAUGUUGGGAUAUUCCAGGAGCCAGAUGUUAGUAUGUUUGUGAAGCCAGUAAUUCUUUGUUGUAAAAUGUGUUGUACAGGCGCAAAAAUAUCUACAUAGAAUUUUGAUACCAAUACUUACCAGUCUUGGUACUAUUAUUGUUAGGAGCUUGUCCUUAUUUGGCCCCAGAUCUGCAUUGUGCUGUUCUUCUUCUCUACACCAGGUGUCAAGAGAAGUCUUCAGUAUACCUAUGUUUACUUUCUAUGUAUUUCAUACUUGUCCAAUUUUUAAAAAUUAUCAUAGGGGAAAUUUAACAUAAUGCUAAUUCAUAAUUGAAUUGUGUGUAUAUACACCUUCCGGUAAGGAAAUAACACCUGAAAAUGGCAUCUUUUGGGUCGUUCAUUCAAUCAAAUCAUUAAAUCUCAGAAAAGGAGAAUAGUUAUGCAAGUUCUGUGUUUGAAAAUAGCAAAAUAAGGGGUCCAGAAUCAAGUUGCUUUUCUGAAUGGAGAAUGUUUGCAAGUAUGGUAUUUAUAAUGCUUCUGAAGGAAGAGCAUAUAGUCGCUGCUUUGUUUGUUCCUCCAUCCGUCUGUCUGUCCAUUCGUUCGUCCGUGCCUCUGUCUGUCCAUCAUAAUUUUGUCUGGAGCAUAUCACAAAAACUAUAAGAUCUAUCAAUAUGAAACUUUGUAGGUAGAUCAAUCUUGAAAACGAGAAUUGCAGUGUACUAGAACCAUAACUCUCUUUUGCAUAAUCUAGGAGUUAUUGCCAUUUAUUUUUCAUAUUUAGAUUUUGUCAAAAUUAGCUCUUUAGGUACUAGUUUUUAUCUGGGGAGCAUCCAUCAGUUCUGUCGAUUCUCUUGUUAGUUUGUUAAACAGUUUCAGUCUAGAAUGGUAAAGUUUGUUAAACAGUUUCCUGGAGUUUCAGUCUAGAAUGGUAAAGUUUGUUAAACAGUUUCAGGGAGUUUCAGUCUAGAAUGGUAAAGUUUGUUAAACAGUUUCAGGGAGUUUCAGUCUAGAAUAGUAAAGUUUGUUAAACA